AUGGAACCCGAUGGCAGCGGGAGUGCAACAUUAGCGAAGAAGCAGUCACCUUCCAACAUCUCGACACUGAUGAACUCGACUCACUCCGUGCUGAAAUCAUCCCAAUCAGGAGAACCCUCUUCAGAUCAUAUCGGAAAAUCAACAAGCUGCACGAUGACUGGACUGCUCUUCAAGAUUCGAAACCCUGAUGAGCGAACUGUCUUCGAAGAGUAUAUAUUAAAAUAUGGUGACUAUCGAGAAACAGUCGCCUCGUCAGUUCCCCAGUUGGAACGCCUUGAUCUGCUAUUGAACGACAUUGAUCAGGAAUACGUCAAGCGGAACCUACGCAUACCUUCGGAAUCGUCCGACGACACCUCUCAUGAAGAUAUCGAAACAGGUCCAACUCGUCGGAGUGAACUACCACCUCAUCACGCAAACCCUCCAGGACUCCUUCACAGUCCAACGCCACUCAUCCCUCAUACUAGCAGAACAGCGCCUUCAAGAAUUCCUGCCGACUCUUCCUUGCUUAACUUCUGCUCCACAACCGAAAUAUCAACGUCAAGCUGCACGACGACCAGCGUCGAAGAAAAUGGGGAAGAAGUGUCAGCUCUGCACCUCGAUGUUCCACACUUCAAUGGACUGCAACGUCUUCUCCACACCGAGGCUACGCAGUGA